AUGCCCUCGUUUAAAGAUGUCGGCCGGUCCGAUGCCUCUCCUAACUUCUCAACGAACCCGGUGCUCGAAAGAGCGCAAUCACAAUGGCUGUUCACGCCCGAAGAGCUCCUCCUCGCUCCCAGUAUCGUCGAAGGAAUGCCGGUCGCGCAAGAGCUGGCAAACCGUCAGAAGGGCGUCAACUUCAUCACGCAAGUGGGAAUCAUGCUUAAACUGCCCCAAUUGACCUUGUCGACAGCGGCCGUCUACCUGCACAGGUUCUUCAUGCGCCAUGCGAUGGUCCAGAACAAUAAGCCUGGCCUCCACCACUAUUCUGUUGCCGCUACGGCGCUAUUCUUGGCUACCAAGGUGGAGGAGAACUACCGAAAGAUGAAGGAGCUGGUGGUUGCGUGUUGUCGCGUUGCUCAGAAACAGCCAAACCUGGUGGUGGACGAACAGAGCAAAGAGUACUGGAAAUGGCGAGACACGAUUCUACACAAUGAAGAUCUGUUAUUGGAGGCGCUGUGUUUCGAUCUACAACUUGAACAGCCGUAUCGGAUACUGUACGACUUCCUCCGCUUCUACGGCGUGCAGGAGAACAAAGCACUGCGUAACGCAUCUUGGGCUUUUCUCAACGACUCCCUUGUCACGACCAUGUGUCUCCAAUUCGCUCCCAGGACGAUUGCAGGCUGCGCCCUUUACCUGGGGGUCAAGCUCGCAGGCGUUAGUCUGCCAGAUGAUGGGAGGGAAAGGCCGUGGUGGGAGCAACUGGGUCUUGACAUCCUUGACAUUCAAAGGGGCUGUAAUCUAAUGGCCGAGGUGUAUGAAAAUCCAGCAUUGCCACGCCAAGGUCACAAGGAUGCCUACACCAAAGAAGACGACCUUGUCAUGUUCGAUCAGACUCGGAUGGGCACCACGCCUCAACCUGAUCGCUCACCUGCCGACAGUGCGCGAAGUGGCAGCCAAGGGGUCAAGCGGGACAGAGACGCCGUUGACGAGCGGGAAUCGAGCGAAUGGGGUUCGGGUGCACCGGUACAACGAUCACCAAAGAGGUCACGUCGAGAAUCUCAAGAUAAUGAGCCCGGUCAAUCUGAACGCAGUUCCCAACAGCAGGCGCCUGCAGAUGACCGAAGCCAGAAACACGAUAUCACUACCGCCGACGAUGUGCAGAAGCGAAUCGAUGAUAUUGUCAACAAUUCUUCGCAAGCUCCGCGGCAAUCACACAACAACGGACAGCAAGAGCGGAUUCCUGUGUCGCGCCAACCAGAACAGCAGAGCGAUAGAGUCGGUGAACAAAAUAAUGGCCGCAAAUCCCCUGGCACGACCGCUCGCGUGCGAUCUGUUGCAGCAGACGGUCGACCUGCCGAGGUUGCAACGCAAGACGCUGGCAAUGACUUGGACGAUGCCGAGAAGGUCGAUUACGGUAGCGAAGAGGGCGAAUUGUGA